UCUGGAACCGCGGAGGUGAAUCCUGGGACGCAGCGUGUCUCCGCCCCGCGGUGCAGCUAGGGGGUGUGCUUUGGGGGCAUAGGGGCUAGCUAAGGAGGAGCAGAACCCAGGGUCGUGCUGCGAUCUGCCUUUCCCUCGCUUUCUGGCACCAAGGCUGCACGAGCCCAAGGGUGAUUUUUUUUUUUCCCUUGGGCCCAAUAUGAUACUAACCAAAGCCCAGUACGAGGAGAUAGCCCAGUGCCUAGUGUCUGUACCGCCCACCAGGCAGAGCCUGAGGAAGCUGAAGCAGAGGUUCCCCAGUCAAUCGCAGGCCACUCUGCUGAGCAUCUUCUCCCAGGAGUACCAGAAACAUAUUAAAAGAACACACGCCAAACAUCACACUCCAGAAGCGAUUGAAAAUUAUUACCAGAGGUACCUGAACGGCGUGGGGAAAAACGGAGCAGCCCCUGUGCUCCUGGAGCUAGCCAAUGAGGUGGACUAUGCACCCUCAUUAAUGGCUCGGAUUAUCCUGGAGAGAUUUCUACAGGGGCAUGAACAGACUCCACCCUCCAAGUCUGUUAUAAAUAAUAUGCUACGGGACCCUUCUCAGAUUCCAGAUGGAGUUCUAGCCAACCAGGUCUAUCAGUGCAUUGUGAACGACUGCUGUUAUGGACCGCUGGUGGACUGCAUCAAGCAUGCUAUUGGCUAUGAGCAUGAAGUCCUGCUGAGAGACUUACUUCUGAAGAAAAACCUGUCCUUCCUAGAUGAAGAUCAGCUCCGUGCAAAGGGCUAUGACAAAACACCGGACUUCAUUUUACAGGUGCCAGUUGCUGUGGAAGGGCACAUAAUUCACUGGAUUGAAAGCAAAGCCUCAUUUGGUGAUGAAUGUAGCCACCACGCCUACCUGCAUGGCCAGUUCUGGAGCUACUGGAAUAGGUUUGGACCAGGCUUGGUCAUCUAUUGGUACGGAUUUAUCCAGGAACUGGACUGCAACCGGGAAAGAGGCAUCCUGCUCAAAGCCUGUUUCCCCACAGACAUUGUCACCUUAUGCCAUAGCACAGCUUGACCCUGAAGAUCCUGGAAGAGAAGCCGGAAGCAAUGUGACUUUCCUGCAGUAUAAACUUCUGGCAACAUCUGCCCUGAACUUCAGCUGAACCCUGGCUGCUGCAGUCGCAGCCCUACCUCUCUAGACAAACAUAUCAAGAGUUUCUGUUUUCCUUCAUCGCUAGCCGAUGUGAGUAGCCAAGAACUACGGACACAACCCACUCAUUAUCAGCAUCUCUGUCUCCGACAGUUAGUUUAUAGAUGGUCAUAAUCCUG